AUGGAGCUUGGAGAUGAAACUGAUGUAUUUCAACUGAGACAUGUAAUGUCUGAAUCAAAGAAGACAGUGCAUUUGUAUUUAACGGUGGUAGGUGAAGAAGAUGAAGAACAAGCAGUGGUUAACAACCAGUUUAAUCCAACAAAAAGUAAUAGAGGUCGUAGAGAAAGCCAAUAUGAUGGAAACCUUUCAAGGGGAAGAGGGAAUGACACUUUUGUAUCAGAUAAUCAUAAAGAACCAAAAGUGGGCAUGACAGAAUUACAACGUGAAAAUUUGUUCAAGUUUGGAGAAGUUCCUAAAACUGGUGAUCGAAGAUGUGGGGAAAAAUCAAAUGAAGGGUGGUCGGGUGAUGAGUACACGCAACAAAAAACCGUUUUUAAUCCAUGGUAUUGUAUUCCUUCUAUACCUGAUUGUCCAAAACCUAGUCCUGAACCUGGACCAUUUCACUGUUUAUGUCCGAAUGAUAAAUUAAUUAUCAAUCAAACCUAUAACACCAAAAAAGAGCUAGCAUUUGUUGUUAAAUUCAUAGCUGUUAGAGAAAAGUUUCAGAUAAAGAUUGAGAAAUCUUCAAAAUGUUGGUACCAGGUUGUUUGUAUGCAAGAAAAUUAUCAUUGGCGUUUGUACGCAUGUGUCAUUAAAGGAACAUAA